AUGCCCCAAACAGAUGCAGAUGACUGCUUUGAGUAUACUACAGGGAAAUGGAUCUACAAUGACGCCCUCCGACACUCCGAACGGAGGAAAAUAUUCAACAUCCCGGAGUUCAAACGCCUGGCAGCCCACUCAAUCAACCAGUCUGAACAUGAUCUCACCGGCUUCAAAAAACUGGCCGAAGGUGGCUUCAACCGCACCUUUCUAAUUACCAUGCGCGAUGGCUUCCAAUUUGUCGCACGCAUCCCAUUCCCCGUCACAGAACCAAAGACCCUCCUCAUCGCAAAUGAAGUCGCGACCAUGGAUUUUCUCCGUUCGCACGGCUUCCCCAUCCCCAAGGUCUUCGGCUAUUCAACCGUUGCCGAUAACCCCGCGGGGACCGAGUACAUCUUCAUGGAGCUAGUGACAGGGACUAAUUUGGGCGAAAUUUGGUUCGAUUUAUCCGAGCAGGAGCAGAAAACCAUCAUCACGAAUCUCGUCCAGCUCGAGUCUAAAUUAAUGGCUCUGAGAUUCCCCGCGAGUGGCAGUCUUUACUAUUGCGACGACUUGCCCAGCAAUCAUCCUCGAAUUCUUAUUCAACAUGAAUCUGAAUCUGAAACAACCCCGAGCAAUGCGACUAAUGAAAACCCGAAACAAUUCUGCAUUGGCCCCGACACCUCAUUUCGAUUAUGGUUUGGCAAAAGACUAAACCUCAACGUAGAACGCGGACCCUACCAAGAUUGUUUCGCAGCCCUAACAACCGGCGCAACAAAAGAAAUCGCCUACCUGUCGAAAUUCGGAAAACCCCUCCUCCCCUUCCAACGACUCCGCCGAGAAGUCCACGCCUACAAACCCCAAUCCCACAAAGACCACAUCCAAAAUCUAAAGAAAUACCUAGCCAUAGCGCCGGCCCUGAUCCCCACAGAGUCAGACCAAUAUCUCCACCGACCAGUAAUCCGACACCCAGACCUGCAACCAAACAACGUCAUCGUAACGGCCAACCUCCAAGUCAAAGGUCUAAUCGACUGGCAACACAGCACAAUUCUCCCCCUAUUCCUACAAUCCGGCAUUCCCCUCUCAAUAAAGAGUCAAGAUAUCGUCGAUCCAGGACUAAGCUCGAAGAACCUUGAUUCGGAACCGACCUCGCCGAAUCCGAGCCACAGUAACAGCGAUGCCGAUGGCGACAGCGACGACCUCCUACAACUAGUAGGAGACAGCACCAGUAAACCACGGCACCACUGGACAUCAAAAGAGCUCGAGAUUUUCCGGCGCCGCCACCUGCACCGCGAAUAUGUUAGACAAACAGCCGCACUGAACACAGAGCAUUUUGACGCGCUGUCUGAGAAAUACAAUAAGCUGAGGCGCAGACUCUGGCAUCACGCGGGUGAUCCGUGGGAAGGGGAUACCAUUACCCUGAAAGCGGAUUUGAUCGGGUUAUCGCGACAAUGGGCUGAAAUCACCGGUAUCGAUGCCGGUACCGAUGCCGAUACCGAUGCCGAUGCCAUUUCCGACUCUGAUUUCGACUCCGAUACGGAUAUGGGUCCUGUCUCAGGCUGUCCGAUAUCAUUCUCGGCCGAGGAGGUUAGGGAGUGUUUGGAAUUGAAUGUCGCGCAGGGCGAGGCGGAUGAACAGUUGCAGGAAUGUUUGGAUAUUGUUGGUGUGGCUAGUGAGGGGUGGACGCCGGUUGCGUCGUAUGAUCGGGCCAAGGCUCGCGCGGAGAAGUUCAAGAUGGAGGCUUUUCAGGCGGCGGAGUCGGGGGAGGAGAGGAGGAGACUGGAGGAGAAUUGGAUUUUUGAUGAUUUUGAUGAGGAUGAUUAUACAUAG